AUGUACAAAUUAUUGGCUCACCUUUUUUGUCUGACCUCGUGUCCGCCAAGUAGCCACCCAAUAGGCAUAAAUGGUUGCUAUAGGCACAUUCACUUUCCUCCCACCUCCCUGGUCGGCAUCACUCCUCCGACAUUGUCGUACUUUUCAAUUCGUCUGUCCGACUGCUGCAUGGUGUCCAUUUCUCGACAGACUCGGCUGCGAUACGUUUUCAGCCUGCCGGAAACUUCCCUUAGGGCUCAGAUGCGAUGGUCCACAUUGAUUGCGACUCAACGUUGUUGUGUGCACAUGCGCGUCUGGGUAGUCGACGAACAUGCGAUUCACGGUUGUUUUAAUCACUUCGUAAUCAUUAGGCUGGUAGUCACGAUUUUUUUCUUUUAUGGGGUAAUGGCAUUGGUAUAUGUCCUCCCUGCUGGGUUACCCGAUCCGAGGGAGUUCGCCUGGACAAAAGUGUCUUCAUGA